AAAAUAAAUUAAUUAAAAAAAUAUAAAAAAAAAUUAAAAUAAAAAAUGAGUCUAUCUAGAGAAGAACUAAUUUAUAUGUCAAAAAUUUCUGAAUAAACAGAAAGAUUUGAAGACAUGCUAGAUUACAUGAGAUAAGUAGUUAAAUUAGACUAAGAGCUUUCAAUAGAAGAAAGAAACUUGCUUUCAGUCGCUUACAAAAACUCUGUCGGAUCUCGUAGAACUGCUUGGAGAGCAAUAUCUUCAAUUGAAUAAAAAGAAGAAGCAAAAGGAAGUAAAAAUUUGAACCUUUUAAAGGAAUACAAGAAAAAAAUAGAGGCAGAACUUUCUUAAUUUUGUAAUAACAUUCUUGAAUUGCUUGAUGUGCAUUUAAUUCCAAAAGCAAAAACUAAUGAAGGAAAAGUAUUCUUCCUUAAAAUGAAAGGAGAUUAUUACAGAUAUAUUUCAGAAUAUGCAACAGGUUAAACCCAUUAAAAUGCAUCAGAUGGAGCUUUGGAUGCAUAUACAAAGGCUUCUGAAAUUGCAAACAAAGAUUUAAAUACAACUCAUCCUAUUAGAUUGGGCUUAGCUUUGAACUUCUCUGUUUUCUAUUACGAAGUAAUGAAUAAUCCUUCCUAAGCAUGUAAUUUGGCUAAAUAAGCUUUCGAUGAAGCUAUUGCUGAUAUCGAACAUAUUGAAGAAGAUUAGUAUAAAGAUGCAACUACCAUUAUGUAAUUAAUAAGAGAUAACUUAACUCUUUGGACUUCUGAAUUACAAAAUGAUGAUGAAGGACAAGUUGAAAAUAUUUGAAGAAGCAAUUGAAUCUUUUUUUUUUUAUAUCUUUAUUUAUUUUUUUUAAGAAAAAAAAAAAUAAAGAUAUUAUAUAUAUUAUCAUUUUUUUUUAAAUAUAUAUAAAAUUAUAUAUAAAAACAUAUAUAAAAAAAUAUUAUAUUAUUAUGAUAUAUAAGAUUUUUUUUAAAUAUAUUUAAAAAUUUUAUUAUUA